AUGGGUUUCAAUUCCAUCACUGGGCCACGAGUUGACAGACUUACUUUUGCCCGCAAACAAACAGCCGAUGGUGACACAACCCCACGAGUGAGAAUUGAGGUGUUUAAAAGACCUAUUGACGCUCUCGAUCUCUUGCAGCGCAGCAAAAGGCAAAGCAAUUAUCCUCUUGAUCCGCACCAAUAUCCGAAACUCGAAACUGAUGAUUUGGACGUCAUUGGGGUUACAGCAACCCUUUUGGAAGAAGAGACUGCAUCAAAAAUCAAUUACAAGUGUUUAAAACGCAUGAAACUUUACGGUGGUUGA